AGUAGACGGCAGAGGUGGCGGCGGCGCGGCCGGCAGCUGCCCGGGAAACGCUUCGCUGACGGGCAGGUCAGGCAAUCGUCUCUGCGCCUCGCUCCCGGGAGGCUCGAGGGCCCCCCUUGAAUGGGCCGAGGGCCCCGGGUCCGGCAGCUUCCUCUGCCUUUGCCGAGCCCGCCAGGGGGCGCAGCGCCGAGGGGCUGCGGAGCCGGGGCCGGGCGCGGCUGACGCGCGGAGGGCGCGGGGCGGCGGAGAGAGUGCUGCCCCGCUCGGGACGUGCCCCUGGGCCGGGGACCGGGAGCCUCCCCUCCUGACCGAGGCCAAGGUUUCUGGGGGUGAGGAGGGCGCGCCGCCCUCUGCCCCCGCCGGCCGCCGGCACCCUGGCCAUGACGGGCAAGUCCGUGAAGGACGUGGAUCGCUACCAGGCGGUCCUGGCCAACCUGCUGCUGGAGGAGGAUAACAAGUUCUGUGCGGACUGCCAGUCUAAAGGGCCACGAUGGGCCUCCUGGAACAUUGGUGUGUUCAUCUGCAUUCGGUGUGCUGGAAUCCACAGGAAUUUGGGGGUGCACAUAUCCAGGGUAAAAUCAGUUAACCUUGACCAGUGGACUCAAGAACAGAUUCAGUGUAUGCAAGAGAUGGGGAAUGGAAAGGCAAACCGACUUUAUGAAGCCUUCCUUCCUGAGACCUUUCGGCGACCUCAAAUAGACCCAGCUGUCGAGGGAUUCAUUCGAGAUAAAUAUGAGAAGAAGAAAUACAUGGACCGAAGUCUAGACAUCAGUGCCCUUAAGAAAGAAAAAGAUGACAAGUGGAAAAGAGGGAAUGAGCCAGCUUCAGAGAAAAAAAUGGAACCUAUUGUUUUUGAGAAAGUGAAAAUGCCACAGAAAAAAGAAGACCCACAGCUACCUCGGAAAAGCUCCCCGAAGUCCACAGCACCUGUCAUGGAUUUGUUAGGCCUUGAUGCUCCUGUGGCCUGCUCCAUGACAAGCAGUAAGACCAGCAAUGCCCUAGAGAAGGACUUAGAUCUUUUGGCCUCUGUUACAUCCCCCUCUUCUUCAGCUUCCAGAAAGGUGGUCGGUUCCAUGCCAACUGCAGGGAGUGCCGGCUCUGUUCCCGAAAACCUGAACCUGUUUCCAGAGCCAGGGAGCAAAUCAGAAGAAACAGGCAAGAAGCAGCUCUCCAAGGACUCCAUCCUCUCCCUGUAUGGCUCCCAGACGCCUCAGAUGCCUGCCCCAGCAAUGUUCAUGGCUCCUGCUCAGAUGGCCUAUCCCACAGCCUACCCCGGCUUCCCUGGGGUUGCACCUCCUAACAGCAUCAUGGGGAGCAUGAUGCCCCCACCAGUAGGCAUGGUAGCCCAGCCAGGGGCUUCAGGGAUGGUUGCCCCCAUGGCCCUGCCUGCAGGCUACGUGGGUGGUAUGCAGGCAUCAAUGAUGGGUGUGCCAAAUGGAAUGAUGACCACCCAGCAGGCUGGCUACAUGGCAAGCAUGGCAGCUAUGCCCCAGACUAUGUAUGGGGUUCAGCCAGCUCAGCAGCUGCAAUGGAACCUUACUCAGAUGACCCAGCAGAUGGCUGGGAUGAACUUCUGUGGAGCCAACGGCAUGCUGAGCUACGGACAGUCAAUGAACGGCGGGAACGGGCAGGCGGCAAGUCAGACUCUCAGCUCUCAGAUGUGGAAAUGAGAACUAAUCAUCACCCGUGUGGCUGCCGCUCUCCUCUGCCCUCCCCUCCCCCCUUUCCUCCUCCUACAACUUUUCACGCCUUCCCCUUUUCCUACCUCUCUCCAUUUGGUUUAGAAAUUGCUCAGUCUGUCAUUUGGGGUUUGGCAUUCUGCCCGCCCAGCCGCCUCCCAGACACGCAGACCUCUCUGUUGUUUUAUAUUGUACGUGUCCCCUGGCCAUCCCCACUCCCUCCCCGGCGGCCCCAGUCCUCUCCUGCACCAGCACCUUAGCACCUGUGGGCAGAAGGCACUUACUGUGGAAGGUUAGACCUCCAAUCAGAUUCCCAGAAGGGUCUAGAUAUAGGUUUUGUGUUUUAGGCCAAGAGGGGAGGGUUUGGAGGUACUUCCGUGUGUGAAUAACUGUUUCUACAUAUUUAAGUUAUUAUUGAAGAGGGAGGCAUCACGCUCCCAUGAUUUGUGGGAAUGAAGAAAGUGCUGAAAUAAAAUCAAAUACUUAUACUGGGUCUUAGAUCAGGUUGGCCCCUCGCCUUGGGGAGAUACAAGCCCCAUCUAUGAGGAUGAGCAAAAACGUCCCUCCCCGGUCCCCUGCACUGCUUUCUGGAUCUGAAGCCUCAGGACUUGCUGCUUAAGUCAACCUUUAUCAGCACCAAAGACUUACGAAGGUCCCUCCCAAAACACAGCCCUUUCCUGCCUCAUCCUGCCUACAGUGAGACCUGGCCCCACCGUUAGAGGACCAGCCCUUCCGGAGGGAGUGCAGAGCUUAACGCCUGUUGUGUGUGUGCGCGCGCGUGUGUGUGUGAGUGUGUGUGUGUGUGUGUGUGUGUGUGUGUUUUCCACCUCCCACUCUCUCCCCAUCUGCUCUGGGUAUUUUUGUUUUUGGUUUUUCAGGUUUAGGUUUACAACAGAGAGAAAUUAAUUUAUCAACAGCCUAAAACUGUUGCCAGUUUUUCUUACAGUUAAACAAAGAAUUACAGUCUCAUUGACGGCUCUCUUUCUCCUUUCCCCUCUCCAACCUGCUAACCACCAGUCCAUGCCUGUGUGUCCCGGGCUGCUCUGCUCCCCCACCAGUGCAGGUGUGUGAGGCGGAGAGCCGGGCAGCUUCCUCUCAGUCGCUGUCCACCCCACUGGAACAUUAAAACCAGAACACGUUGCUUAGAAGCUUCCAGCUGUGGGAACCGCGGCCCCGGUUGCCUUUCUCCUGUGUGCGUGUAAAUUCCUUAAUAAACAUCGCAGGGAAGCACUGU